ACCGAGUUGACCCCGCCCACUGCCAUAGUCAACCCCUCGAUUACCACUCAGAACUCCCCGGGUUCCUCCGGAACUGCUCGGGUGUUUCCGUCUCCACAUCGGCACCAAUCAGUUCUUUCCCUCCUCCCAGCCGCGCCCCCCCCACCCUCUGCUUUCAGAGCUCGGUUAUUUUCGUCGUACCGAGGCUUUGAAUCGGAUGUAUUCGGAAGCCUUCGACUCUGGCAUAACAAAAUCGGAGUUGCUCGGCUCUCCCCGAACCUACGGCUGGGGCGCUGGGGCGCUGAGGCGCUGGGGCGCUGAGGCGCUUGGGUGUUUGGGGCUGGCCCGGGGCCGGAAGUGCGUGGGCUGCCGGGCUGGCCCUGCUUAGGGUUUUCAGGAAACAUGGAAGCGGCGGCGACAGUUGGAAUUUAAGCAUCUCUGUGACGGUCUCCGGGUUCCCUGUGAGAGGAAAGGGGAGGAUGCCGCUGGAAUCAUCUUCCUCUUCAAUGCCACUAUCCUUCCCUCCUCCUUUACCCUCAGUACCAGAUAGUAUUACUAACUCUUCCCCACCCCCAAUGUCUUACAUCACUUCCCAGGAGAUGAAGUGUAUUCUUCACUGGUUUGCCAGUUGGUCAGGUCCCCAGCGUGAACGUUUCCUACAGGACCUGGUAGCUAAGGCAGUGCCAGGAAAAUUACAGCCACUGCUGGAAGGGCUGGAGCAGCUUAGUGUGUCUAGAGCAAACCGACCACCUUGUAUCUUUGAGUGCCAGCUACGUCUUUGGGAUCAGUGGUUUCGAGGUUGGGCUGAGCAGGAGCGCAAUGAAUUUGUCAGGCAGCUGGAGGUCAGUGAGCCAGACUUCGUGGCAAAGUUUUACCAAGCAGUGGCUGCUACAGCUGGUAAAGACUGAUGGACAUUAAAAUCAAAGAAGAUAAUCACAGCUGAUGGAGCCACAACUUUACUGUGAGAACUUCGGAUGUGUCGCUUAAAGGUCUAGGGAUGGUAUUCCAAUCAGCUGAUUGAACUUGUUGACCUGUACAGGCUUGAUUAUAUCUUUGGAGGUGGGGGAAGGGCAAAGGAAGAGAGAGAAUCUUUUUUUUUUUUUUUUUUAAAUCUUUAUUUAUUUAUGAUAGUCACACAGAGAGAGAGAGAGGCAGAGACACAGGCAGAGGGAGAAGCAGGCUCCAUGCACCGGGAGCCCGACAAGAGAGAGAAUCUUAAGCGGGAUCCAUGCCCCGCACUGAGCCUGAUUUAAGCGGGCUUGAUUUCACAAUCCUGAGAUCAUGACCUGAGCCAAAAUCAAGAGUUGGAUGCUUAACCGACGGAGCCACCCACGUGCCCCAAGCCUUGGUUAUUUCAAUGUUAACAGCCUAUCAACUGGACUGCUCACAUCAUUGUUUUCCAUCUAAGUAAAUCCAGUCUGCCUCCUCGCUUGCUCCUUUCUACAUAUCAGACUCUGAAGAAUUCCGUGGCUUCUUUUGCAAGUAUAAUGAGAGGGAACCUACACAUUAUAACUCAAGCAUAAAAAAAAAAAUAACUCAAGCAUAUUGCUGGCCCAUGGGGGCUUUUAAGUAAAGCUUUCCUACUCCAGAAGCAGGAGAGAAGGACAAUAAAAGGUCAUGUUUUUAUAGUUUAACUGGAUUCACAUGGUUGGUUUCACUGCCCUUUCCAGAUUCUGGCAUAAUUGUGUGACAUGCCAACUAUUAGCUUUCCUAGUGAUGAUUUUGUAAAAUUAUGAAAAAAUCAGGAGAGGGAAACAAUUAGUUACUCCUUCCACACUGAUGUUUGUUUGAAUCCAAAUAGCAAUGACUUCUAAAGUAUAUGUGAUAUUCUUGGAGCUGGUAACAUUCCUAUUCUGUAAGUUUGCUCUGUGAUAUGAAAACAAGUGACACUCUAUAGGUUAAAGGGUUUAUUUUUUGUAUCAAAAUAAAGAAUCCUCAGAACCAU